UCGGCAAACUUCAGUCACUUUCGACUGCUUCGAUUCUUUGGAAUUUGACAUAUUUGACCGCCUUAAGAGGAUUAAAAUAAUGUUUGUCAACGUCCAUACGCAAGAAGAAACAUAUAUCUAAAAUACUGAUUAUUCAGAAUGGUCAUCGCGGUGGACAAAGUACGUUAACUGUGAAUGGUUCAUUUAUCUUUAAGUACGAUGAUGAACCCUUAAGAAAGUCGGCACGAUGUCUUGUUUCUGCAUCCGUCUGCAGAAGGAUAUCGUGAAGACGUUGGAUUUCCGUCACUGCAGCCUCUCCUUCAUCCCUCCGGAGGUGUACGAGUACGAUGAAACACUGGAAGAGUUAUGUCUGGACUCCAAUAACAUCAAGGAAUUACCCAGGCCGCUCUUCCACUGUCAAUUCCUUCGGAAACUCAGUGUGUGUGACAACGAUCUCAAUUCCGUCCCGAAUGCUGUUGCCAGCCUCGUCAACUUGGAACAACUAGACAUCAGUAAAAAUGGUAUUGUGGAGCUACCAGACAGCAUCAAAUGCUGCAAGAAUCUUAGCCUGGUGGAGAUCAGUGUCAACCCUCUGGGAAAGCUUCCAGAGGGAUUCACCCAACUGGUCAAUCUGACCCAGCUAUACCUCAACGACACACUCCUUGACUACCUCCCGGCAAACUUUGGCCGUCUCGUCAAACUCACUGUCUUGGAACUUAGAGAGAACAGACUCAAAGCGUUACCACGGUCUAUGUCAAGAUUGACAGAGCUAGAGAGACUGGAUCUUGGCAUGAAUUCAUUCAGACAAGUACCUGAAGUGAUUGGUUUCUUCACAAAGCUGACAGAGUUAUGGGUCGACUCCAAUAAGAUUACUUCCAUACCAUCGAGCAUAGGAAACCUGAGAGAGCUGGUUUAUCUAGACGCUUCCUGUAACCGCAUUGAAACCCUCCCCUCGGAGAUACAAGGGUUAGAGAGUCUGACGGAUCUUCAUCUCUCCAAGAACUACCUUCAAGAGCUUCCUGACACCGUUGGUCAAUUAAGCAACCUACAGAGUCUAAAGCUUGACUGCAAUCAGCUUUCAUUCCUCCCGUACUCCAUCGGUGGACUGGUCUCGCUAGAGGAGCUUAUAUUGACCUCAAAUGACCUCGAGGAACUCCCGCCCAGUAUUGGACUUCUGAGAAAGCUCUCCCACCUCAACUUGGACCAGAACAUGCUCCUGGAGCUCCCUGCAGAACUCGGAAGCUGCAGCUCAAUAAGUCUUCUCUCUCUUCAAAGUAACUUCCUGUUGGUGCUACCAGACGAGAUCGGUCACAUCAGCAAUCUGUGCGUCUUCAAUCUUAGUAACAACCAGCUGAGAUAUCUUCCAUACAGUACGACCAAACUCAAGAAACUCAAAGCUAUGUGGCUCUCAGAGAAUCAGGGCAAGCCAUUGAUUCCUCUCCAGUCAGAAAUGAAAGAAGACCUCGGCAAGAGGGUCUUAACCUGUUUUCUGUUUCCGCAGCAGCACAGAGAACCUGGGGAUGAUGUUUAUCCGAGUGAUGGCGAUAGUUUCCAUGCAUCAGUGUGGGAUGACCAGCGCCUUAACUCCAGGCAGAUUGCAUUUGAUGUGUCCGAGUCAGACUCUGAGCACAAUAUGAAGCGAGCUCCGACGCCUUAUCCCAAAGAGGGAAUCAAGAGGAAGGUUCGCCUCCCACCCACACCGAGCCCUUCCCAGGGUCGGCAGAGUAGAUCGACAAGCAAGCGUGACAUUCUCCCAAACUAUCCAUCAGUUGAUGUGUCUACGCGUCAGGGUCGCCAGGGAGGCCCUCGUGAGGCUAAACCUCGUCGUUCUAGGUCCCCCGGUUCACCCAUUGCCGACAGCCUUCACUUGUUCCAGGCAGAUAAGGAGUUGAUGGCAAAGGAUAAAGCUCGACUGAGGGGAAGUAUUUCUUCUGUCAGUCGACAAGAUAGCGACUCUGAGUCCAUUGCAUCAUCGAUGAGAGAAAGAGUCGUUGGACGUCGUGAGAUGAGGGCUCAGACGGAUAGAGCAGCCAUGAGCGAUAGUGAGGCUUUCAUUCGGAGCCCCGUCUGGAGCCACACUGGCGGAAUCGACCAAAAUAAACCACCUGGCACUCCGCAGUACUACAACGCCAGACCUUCUCGCAGUGGUGGUAAAAGCCACAGUCAGGACUAUGAGUCUGAUCGGGUCGACGGGUCCCGGACUCCACUGAUGUCUUCACGGCGGCCACAGGUCCAGGGUGAACAUGCCAGGACCCCACAGAGUAGCAAGGCAAACUACAGCCGUGGUUACGAGUCUGAUCAAAUUGACGGGUCCCGGACUCCUCUGAUGUCGGCACGGCGGCCACAGGUGCAGAGUGAACACGCAAGGACACCCAAGGCGAAUUACAGUCGCGGUUACGAGUCAGAAUGUAUUGAGAGCUACCACUCUCCUCUGGAGGAAUAUGUCCGAAGACAGACAACGAACAGAUCAGAAACAAAUCGUAACUCCAAUGUGAGUGUGGAUGGGCGCCAGUCUGCACCCCGCCCUGUAUCCCACAGGCGGAGUUCAGGCUACAGUACUGACCCGGAGCGCAGGUCCAGGGCGCCGGCCGAGAGUCGAGAAUCCAGAAUGGCAGAGGUGAAGCAGAAGAGAGAUCAGAUGCUUCCGCCUCCGUACCACAGAGUGAGACAACUACGAUCAGGCAAAGAGGGGUCUUCACAACCCAACACUCCUCACAGAGGCAAUCGAAGAAGCCAACCUCAAAAUGUGAAGGACUACGGGUGGAUUGAUGGACAACUUCCAUCUACCCCAGAGGACCAAGUAAUGGAUACCUCUAAACAUCCUGGCGGAGAGCUGCCUGGAACCAGAGAUGGCGAUAGAAGCAAUCAACCCAAGGAGUCCAAUCCGCAGAAUCCAUCGAGGAGAACUCCUCAAGGUAAAACAUUGCCAAGAGCAAGCUACCCAUCUGCCUUUUCAGAUACAGAGGUGACUUCCAGUCGAAGGCGCAGCAAGUUGCACAAUCAAGAACGAUCGGAGAGAGCCCCCGAUGCUAGUAACAAACCACAGAUUGAAAGAACUUUGCAAAGCGAUAGUGAGAGGGUAUCCCCAGUCUUCAAUCAAAACGGACCCGAUUCGGAGAACCCCCCAAGAUGGGACAGAACUUUCCUCGUCAACAGAAGAAGGACGCCACCUGUUUCUGAAGACGGUCAACGUAUGGACGGUGGAGACUACCAACCAAGACAAGGCGGACAGACUGACGGGGGAAGGGCGUCUCCAUAUACCACCAAGGAGAACUCUGACGCACGUAUUAAUGCCAGGCAACCUAGCUUCAGGCAUCAGGACUCACAACAACGGAACGCUCCAAGACAAGGCGACACAGUUUCAGUCGAGGAUGCCACUCGACACAAUCCAAAAACAACAGACUCACAAAUCUACGCUAACUCAAACGGCAACAGUGACUACCUGAACUCUCUCAACGACCGACGCCAUACGGCUGCACCUUCGGACAACUUUCCCAAAAAUCUGAACCCACGAGAGAGUCGAAGUCUCCCAAGAGAUGUUGGAAGUUACCAAGAGCAUCCGAAAGAAGCAUUCAAAUCCGACAUCGGCAUUCAUCAAACGUCCUCAGAAGAGGUUGCAAAUAGAAGAAGCUCACCCGAUGAAACCGUGAGUGAGCGUCACCCUCAUUUUAGGAGAGGUGACAAGAAGAAGCGACUGCAUGGUGGAGCUCCAGACUAUGCUGCCUCAGAACCAGAACUCAGACAGGCGUUCCAAAACGCCAACCCAACCGGACCCGUUCCUGAUCAAGUCAACUUCAGACCACCACCUCCAGAGACCAGAACCUUGCCAUUUGACAACAGAAGGUCGUCGAGUCAGGUCUUACAAAACGGAGCACGAGAUUUCGGCAGGUUCCCUGUGGGUUUACCCUCAUCAACGCCAAGUGUAGAGAGUGGUUCCAGAUCACAAAGCCCGUUUGAUUCCAGACCGCAGACUCCAAGCGACGUACAGCGAAGAAGCCGACCGAAUUCCCCGACGAAUCUUCCACGAUCUCGUCCUCAUUCUGACCACGAAUCUUACCAUCCCGUCAACAGACAGAAAGACUUCAGAGCCUCUAAUUCCUUCAGACCUACAAAAACUAGCGAUAGACAAUAUGACAGUAAUUACGGAUACCUGAGGGGCUCCAGCAUGCCCAGACCUACGGCCACUCCAGGGAAUCCUUACCCUACCCCUCACGGCAUGAGACCCAGAGAAAGCCUUAACGGGCCCCUCACCCCGAUUGUACCUGACACCAUGAACCAGGACAGACGGAGAAUCCUGUCCUCUGAGUCUGACCAGACACACUACCUAGGUCCAUCCGGUCACUCGUCCAAAGUGCCGUGGCCGGACCUCUGGCCUCAAGACUCCUCAGGAUACGCCAGCGACCAGAAUGAACCAGGAUGGAAAAGAGGUUCCUGCAGCACUCCAACAUCUUCCGUCUUCCAGGGUCCCUCAGCUCCAACGUCCUGGAAACCUGGGUCUGAAAUGACUCCUGAUACUAGAUCAAGACACCCCUCUUCUGAACACCAUCAACAGGGCUUGACAAACAAACAGCUGAAAGUAGUGAUUUUCAAGAACCCUGGUCUUGGUUUCAGCAUCACUGGAGGCACAGAGGCCCACGGUAAUCCCUUCUCCCCUCACGAUCCGGGAGUCUUUGUGACCAAGAUUCAACCGGGAGGUCCAGCCGAUGGCGUCCUGAAACCUGGAGACAAAAUCUUGGAGGUGAACAAUCGCAGCUACGAGAACAUCAGCCAUGAAGAUGCGGUCAAGCUGCUACGAAAGAGCAACCCCGUAUCCAUGGUGAUAAACAGACGGUUUAACCACUCCUGAUUGGACAGAGUUAACUAAAAUUUGAACACCUUGAAAUAUUGGACUAAGUGUCCACGAUUUUAUGUUUUUUUUACACCAUUCUGUUUUGUAAUUUGAAAGAGAUAAAAACCUUCAGAGAAAGUGAAACCUCAAGAGCUGAGAUUCAUUUUUGACGCAAAGUUCGGUUUGGAAUAACGCGAUGUGCCAGUACAACAUGUUCGCGUGGCACACGGUUUUAAAACCUCUGCAGAGAGUUUAAAGACACUGGACACUAUUGGUAAUUGUCAAAGACUAGUCUUCUCACUUUGUGUAUCUCAACCCC